AUGUCUCAGGAUUCUGAUGAAGAAUUUGAAAAGUAUGACCCCACUCUUCAAAAUGUUUUAGAUCAACAAUCUUUACAUUGGAUUUUCGUCGGUGGAAAGGGUGGUGUUGGUAAAACUACUACAUCAUGCUCACUUGCCGUACAAUUAAGUAAAGUUAGAGAAUCAGUUUUACUGAUAUCAACCGAUCCUGCCCAUAACUUGAGUGAUGCUUUUGGACAAAAGUUUAGUAAAGAAGCGACUUUAGUUGAAGGCUUUACAAAUUUAUUUGCCAUGGAAAUCGAUCCUACAUCAUCGAUUCAAGAAAUGUUAGAUCAAUGUGGAGGUGCGAUGGGAGCAAUGAUGCAAGAUCUUGCUUUCGUAAUUCCUGGUGUAGAUGAAGCAAUGGGAUUUGCAGAAGUUAUGAAACAAGUUAAAACAAUGGAAUAUUCAGCUAUUAUUUUUGAUACGGCACCAACUGGUCAUACUUUACGGUUUCUAAGUUUUCCUAGCGUGUUGGAAAAAGCUCUUGCAAAAAUUUCAGAAUUAAGUGGUCGAUUUGGUCCAAUGUUCCAACAAGUAAAAAAGAUUAAAUGA